AUGUCAACAGAACCCGAGCGCUUCUUCCCUUUCCACUCCUCCCACCUCUCCUCUGUAUCUUCCAUCACCUGGCUGCAACCGUGCCGGCCACAGAGAGCAUGGAUUGCGCGUUUCCUUCCCAACGCGCGGCGCCCGCUGUCGCAGGUCCUACUGGCGCAAAUACCAGCUCCGCCCUUCUCCGCGAGCCCAGCAGCAGCGUCCAUGGGCGUGGUCCCGGGGAGUCGCUUGCGCCGAGAGAGCGGGAGAGGCAGGGGCACGAGCGUCGACACGAGAAUAGGUACGGGUAGGGAGGGCGGCAGCGGGAGGUGGCGGAGAGGGAGUGAGAGCAGCGCGAGUGUGGAGUUCGCGGGUGGCCCUCAUGUGGGCGCCAUGAUUUCCCCGCGGGGCAGCAGCUCUGCUAGCACGAGCACGAACACGGGCAGGGGCAGCAGCGCGCAUGUGAGCCACCUGGACGCCGCUCUCAUUGGCCCCAGUGCUGCUGCGGCGUUCACUGCUGAUGUUCACGCCAUGGCCGGGCCUGCUGCCCUGCGCAACCCCGGGCUUGCUGUGCAUGGUGGCGCUGGUGCUGGUGAGGGGGAGGGCGGGAAGAGCGAUGCUGGCUCGGGUACACCCGCAUCCGCGCCCUGCCCGCUGGCAGAGCCACAGCAAGCGCAGCCAGCACAGGGGGGGCAGCAGGCGCAGGGGAGAGAGCAGUGGUGGGGGGGACGCGGGUACCGGGAGGAGUGGGUGUCGGCAGGGUAUGGGUACGCAGACUUCCUCACAGCAGAGGUGGCGGAGUUUUUGAUGGCGAGGGAGGAGGCGCUGGUGCUGAAAGGGCAGCAGCUGGCACUGCAGUGCACCAUGGAGCAGCGCCGCGAGCCUGAGGGGCUGCUCUCCCACGCCAAUGCAAAGGCGGGUGAGCGGGGGAGGGGUGGUGUAGGGUGGGGAGGCCGCGCGGCAGGAGAGGGGGGUGCAAGGGAGGAUGCAGGUGCAGCGCUCUGUGGUGGCUCCCUGACGUCCAUCCCCCUGGCGUUCCAGCGAGUGGAGUACAAGCUGGAGUGGCGCAUGCGGGACGUGCGCCUGUGGGGCACCAAGGACGGCACCCCCCGCGACACAGACGGGCCCGGCCUCACCUCCUUGCUGCUGCUGCUGCUCUUUGUGCCGCCUGCCGUGUUCUCACGUGCAUGUGACGACGACGUGUGGCAGCUGGAGCCCGACAGAUGGUUCCCUGAUGAUGGCGACCCGUGGACCCGAACCACUGACGAGCACUUCCUCCCCGCGGGGGCGAGGGCGGGCGCUUGUACAAGCGCAGCAGCAGGCGCGUGUGUGGGCGUUGGGGAUGAUGGAAGGGGAGGUGCUGGUGCGAGGCGGUGGGACAGUGGGCCUGGUAGCAGUGGAGGCCGUGGCGUGAGUGGGUGGAAGGGGCGGGUGUGGAGUGGAGGGGUGUUGGGAGCGGCGUCGGUGAUGCAGGUGUCAGUGUCGGUGCGGCAUGGCAUCCAUGUGAGGCGCAUAGCAGAGCACAUGCGCACUGCAUUGCUGCACCUCAGAGCACGCUACCUGGGCAACCCACCGCGCGUCGCCAUCACCGCCCACUAUGCUGCCGCCCCGCCCAUCAACCUCAUCCUUUUCAUCUCUCUCGACCCGUCCUCGCUCCCCAAUACCACCCAAGGCACAAUCCCCCCCACUGCCGUGACUGCCUCCUUGUACCGCACUCCGGCGUACGAGCCUGUGCCCGCUGCCGUGGCGGUGCUGAUGGAGUUCCUCCGCUUCUCCCGCCCUGAAUUCGACCCCGCCAGGAAGUUCUGCCAGAUCGUCCGCGCCAUGCGCCACCACGGUAGGCUGCAGACGCGAGGAGGCACCGAUACGGGGCGAGCCAAGGAACCAGAAGGGACGCGUGAGCACCAGAGUGAGAGGGGAGCAGAGCAGCAAGGGUCAGUUAUGGGAGAGUUGGAACUGCAGCCGCAGUCGCAGCAGGAACAACGAGACACGGAGGAGAAGGCAGGGGAAGCGAGCGAAGGGGAGAGCAGCACGUGGCCGUGGAGGCUACCAGCGAACCACGUGGUGGUGUUCCGGCUGCUCAUCACACCGCUGGGCGCGCAGUGCUGCUUGCCGGGCGUGGAGCUGACCAACCGCGUGCUCACGCACUACCGCCCCCACGCGCACCACUUCCUGCGCGUCACCUUCACGGACGAGGGCCUAAAGACCCUGUCACCCUGA